GUGUUCUCCUUCAACAUGGCCCACAAUACGAUCGAGACGAAGCUCAUGAGCAUGUACAAGAUUGCGGACCUCAUCGAGAAGUGCGCGGGGGAUCACACAGCCUCGGCCGUCCAGCGCGGAUGGGAGCGGAUUUCUGCUCAAAUGUGGAGCGACUCGUGA